AAUUUGGUGAAUUUAAUAAUUGAGAAAACAUUAAAAAUCUGUCAGUAGAAUUGUCAAAAUAACUUCAGGUAGAAGCAUUUUCGGAAAAUUAUCGUGAAAAAAUGCCAAUAGUAUGAACAAAACAACCAUCUCCAGAGAAUCUAGUGAAUGCAAGUUUAGAAGCAAAGAAUAUAUCGGUAAAGUUUGUAGGGACCUUAUAGAAGACUUAUUGAGGGUGACAUACGACGAAGAGAAUCCAACGACUACGGCCUUAAUGAAAACCUCAAAUUGCACCCAAACCAAAUCCUAGAAAUUUGGAAGAUGGUCGAAUUAAAAAAAUUGCGAUUCAAAAACUACCCAAAUCCCAAUAGUGAGCUCAACUUGAACCCGGACGAACUUCAAGUGGUUAAUCGGGAAGAAGAAGAAAUUUCCACGCCCGAAACAUUUGAUUAUCAAGAAAAUUUAGACGAUAGCGAGUCUGAUUAUGACGAUAUUUUUUUAGAUACCGAUCCGACUAAGUUGAACGAAUCCUUGUUGCAAAUUACGCAAACUUUAAGAGAAUUCGUGCUACGUAGAGGCAACCUAAACAUGCCAGAGGUAAACCUGGAAAAUUUAAGCGACAUCCCUCCAGAUUUACGCGUGGUUGCCUACCUAUUAUCGCAGGGUGACAACCGAAGAGUCGAAGAUUUACUAAGAACCGUCCAUCAAAAUGUCGUAGUCAAUGUUAACCUAUCGUACUACUUCAAAAUUAUGUUGAUCAUGUUAACUUUUAACAGUUUGCUCCUCUUUAAGUUGAUUGUGUGGGACCAAAUGCCUUUUUGAGUUAAAAAAAAAGUUGAGAAAUUAUGUUGUAACCGAAUAAAACUGUUUUG